UCAGCUCCUCAUCACUCUGCCUCUUGCAGUCUCGGCACCUGCAUCGGCUUCGCCGCUCACCCCCUCCUCCAUUCCUAAGCAAGGAAGAUGAAGAUUUUCAGCUGGAUGGCGAACAAGAUCAGCGGGAAGCAGGAGGCGAGCCGCUUCCCGGCACGUUCCUCCGGGCCUUCUCGUCCUAGCGUGCCGGAUUGUCGCAACGACGAGUUCAGCGAUUGGCCCCAAUCAUUGCUAGCCAUUGGGACAUUUGGAAAUAAGCAGAUAGAGGAGGUAGCACAAGUGCAGGACGCUUCCGAGGAUGGGCAGUCCAUGCAAGAUGCCAUCAAGUUUACAGAGGAGGAAGUAGACAGGAUACAGAAAGAGUUCGCAAUGAUACUAGCAAGCAAAGACCAAGCGGAAACUCAUGACCCGCGCGAUGAUGACCAGGUAACUUCACACAAAAAUGUCGAUGAGAGCAUAAAUGAGAAGCACAGAGACCAGAUGUUGAACAAGAAGAUGGUCAUAAGUAAGGGAAAGGAUUCGCUGGGGAAGAAAGCAAGUACACUUAAGCCGAGAUCAGUUGCUUCGCUCCUCAAACUACUCAUACGUAAGGGUGGCUUUGCCUCUGCUGUUCCGGAUCCAAGGAGCUCUUUCCCUCAAUCAAGAAUGGAAAAGCUGCUCAAGGCAAUACUUCAGAAGAAAAUACACCCGCAAAAUUCUUCGGCGCUUGCACCUAGGAGACAUUUGGACUGGAAGCCAGAUGAGCAAGAAAUCAACGAAUGCCUCGAGGAUGCACUACGUGAUCUAGACGAUGAUGGCGCAAAAUGGGUCAAAACUGAUUCAGACUUUAUUGUGCUAGAAAUGUAAACAUGGGUGAAAUACAUUUGUUCAUUGAGGCCAGGUUCCAAAGGUCUUGGCAAGCUAGGGAUCCGCGGUGUUAUGAUAUAUAUAGAGGUGUGGGAUAUAGUCAUCAAUGAAGCUACGAUUAUGAUGUAAUGCCCCUCUGUUUCUCACAUAAAUCAUUUGUAAUUUGGGUUACUUGGAUUAUGAUAAGAAACUACCGGGACAAGCCAUACCUCAUGUCCAUGUUUUUCUCUCGUCCUUCAGACUGUACAUUACAAGGUCUUUUACCAUUCACAUGGACAAUGAUGAUGGAUGUUUCUGAUCCUACUUAAAUGAAUUUAAUUAUGAUACAGUUGUUGCUUUA